AUGGCUGAUUGGGCAUUCGGCUUGCUUCCUUUCUUCAUCGUCUGGGGCUUGGAAAUGAGGACCAAGACAAAGCUAUUGGUCGCGGGCAUCCUUGCAUUCGCAGCGAUUGGAAGCACCGGUACAGCGAUCCGUAUGGCGUACAUUCACACACUCGUUCAAGGCCCAGACUUCUUGUAUGCUACCACCGACGUCGCCUUGUGGAGCACUAUCGAACCCGGAAUCGGCAUCACCGCAGGCAGCAUCGCAACACUCCGUCCGCUCGUCCGUCACUGUCUAUGGAAGAUGGGUCUAGCCGACGCACCUCGCGAAGAACGCGGCCGCAACUACUAUCCUUCACAAGAAGGUGGUCGCAUACGAAAAAAACAUCGCCGCGGAUAUCGCCGUAGCUUGAGCCCUUCUGAUCUAGUCCCUACAAUUCCUGGUACCAUGACUACUAUACAGAUCCAUGGACCCCACGACAUAGACCUGGAAGAGAACCUGUCCCCGCCGAAAAUCGUCGUUACAGACGAUGAUGUACCGGAAACUCCAGAGGGUCAGAUUAUACACACUGUCACGGUUCAGCAACAGUACGAGGGCCCUGCGAAGCUUCCUGAGGCACCUCCGAGACUUCAACUGCGCGACAGCCUUAGACAUAGCUUCACUCGCGGGAGUAUUCUGAGCCCUGUAUUCCGAGUGCCCGAGUGA